UGGUUCAAAAUCUUGCUCGUUUGGGUUGAAAGGUGCAGGCGUGAUAAUGAGUCAGAUUCGGACAUUACUGCAGAGAAUGUUUGGGUUGGUUAAACAUCACGUAGGGACUGAUCAGUUUGGAAACAAGUAUUAUUACAUUCCUGAACAGAGAAGUUGGACUGGACAGACUAUUCGUUCAAAAAGAAUGAUCGAAGCGGUCAAUCCAAACGAAAUAGAAUAUGAAGUUGGAAACAUUCCUUCUGAAUGGGAAGCUUGGAUACGAGGGCGUAGGGUGGACCCACCAACUAUAGAGGAAAUUCUACACAAUGAAGAAUAUAGGAAAAUGAUUAAGAUAAAUGCCGAUGAAGUACAACAGAAGGAGGAGAUUAGGAGAGAAAAAGAAUAUGAGGAAGGUCUUGUUGCACGGCCAAUUCGAACCCAAACCAAGGGACAUGCCUCUGCAACUUACUAUGGAAAGGAUGACCUAUCUUCAGAACCCUCAAGUACAGCAAAUACCUUCCAGCCAGGUGGCUGGUUACCACCAGAAAACUCAAACAAGAAAAAAUAACUUACUUUUGCCUUAUGGUUUGAAGACUGUUAACCAGAAAUAUCUAGCAUAUAAACAAAGGAACUGUGUACACACACAGCAAUUAUCUCAUUUCUCUAAUCCAGCAGUCAAGUGUUUUGUAUUUUCUUCAGUUUAAGUUUUUAAAUUCAAACCUUGGCACUUGAAGAGUCUUCUGACAAGGUCAUCGGUUUCAAUUAUUCCUUAAUUUUUAAAAAAAGUCUGCUUUGCUAUGGAUAGUUUAUUUUGCUUCCUCAAGAGUUAGGGCAAAAGGUUUGCAUGAAGUUUGUAAAUCAUUGCUUUAGUCUAAGUUGGAAUUGAAGUAUUUAAACAGUUUCAAAUAUGCAAGCUAGAAAUUCUUCUCAACAGUGGGGUGCAGUGAAGGGGGAGCUAAUCCUCAGCAAAAACAAAGUACCACAUGGACACCUAGAACAUCUUUUCUUAGAUCUAAAAAUUAAUUGCUCAGUUGCACCAAAUGCCCAACUCUCAAAACUUGAGUUAAUUAGCCUGAUGUAAUGUCAAAAACUUUCUGUUUUACACACAACUAUAAUCUAGUUGUUGAUAUUGAGCCCACUUAAUAGAAGAAUGAAUCAGUUACUUCAGUUUACUCAACGGUUUGCAAUGCAGAGUAGCGCUGACAACAUGAGUUCAAUUCCUGUAACAACUGAGGUUACCAUUAAGAACUCUCCUUCUCAACCUCUCCUUUCGCCUGAAGUGUGGUGACCCUCAGGUUAAACUAUCACCAGUCAUCUCUGUCGCAUAAGAGAGCAUCCCUAUGGUCCUCUAGGUUUGUAAUAACUUUAGCAUUGCCUGUCAGAAAAUACUACAGUUAGUAUAACAAUAGAAAGUCUUGUGCUUAUUUUUUUUUAAAUACUAAUUUUAAAAAAAAUUACUGAAACAUACUAUAUGUUUGAAGUAAUUCAUUUUCCAAAACAAUGACACCAGCCUGUAUUUAUUGUAUCGAUUACAUUUUCUCAAUGGCUUGUUAGAAGUCUAGA